GUUCAAUGACCAAUUGACAACUUUAGGGACUGUUUCUGAAAUGGCUGCCAAAGAACUAAUAGGCUACCCACCCCAAAAAUGGUGUAGAGCUUAUUUUGACACCAAAUGCAAGAAUCAAAUGGUUGACAACAACUUUACAGAAUCAUUCAAUAAAUGGAUUUUAGAGGCAAGACACAAACCAAUUAUCAAGAUGUUGGAAGAGAUAAGAGUCAAGGUAAUGAAAUUACUGAAAGAUCGUGAGGAGGAAUGUAGGAAUUGGAGAGAUGAAAUCAGUCCAUAUGCCAAGGAUUUGCUGACUGAUUACAGAGAAAUAGCACAAGGGUGUGAAAUUCAUUUUAAUGGAGACUUUGGAUAUGAAGUGCAUGAAGGUGAAGACAAGCAUACCGUCAAUCUUCAAUUAAAGAGGUGCACAUGCAGGGUAUGGGAUUUGACAGGAAUACCAUGUUCCCAUGCCAUCAAAGCUUUGAUUUACCAGAAAAAAAUUCCGAUGAGCGAGGUGCAUUGGUGGUAUUCAAAGGAAGCUUACAUGUUUGUUUAUAUGCAUAAAUUACAACCAGUUAGAGGUGAAAAAUUCUGGAAAGUGAAACCAGAACAUGCAAUGGAACCACCAGAAAUACAUAAAAUGGUUGGUAGACCAAAGUCAAAAAGAAAGAGAGAGAAGGAUGAGGCAAGGAAGAGAGAGGGGGCUUGUUCAUCUUUAAGAAAAGGACUUUUAAUGACAUGUGGAUAUUGUUGUAACAGAGGUCACAACAUCAGUGUAACAUCCGACAAUUUGAAAUAG